GAACUUUUUCUUAAUCCAAGCCACACUAUUAAUAUAGUAGAAUUCAGACUUUCAGUCCUUUUUUUUUUUAUUAAUCCUAGCCACAUAUGUUUUAUUUUCAAUUAACACUCUAGUGUGCCCAAGAAGUUAAAGACUUAAAGGUUAUAUUAACAGAACAUUUUGAGGCUUAUGCCCUAAAAGCUAGGAGUAGGAGGAGGUAAAGCCCAGGGUAGAGCAAGCCAAGCGCCUAAGUUUGAUCACCAGAAAGAGUGAAACCCCACACACAAAUCCCAGUGCAGCACUUGAACCUGUGAGAGAAAUGGCAGCACAGACCAGCAUCACGAAAGACUCUUCCUUUGUGUUCAUAUCCCUCGAAGCCAUAGCCAAUUCUAUCCCAGCAAACAACAGGAGCACUCCAAGAAUCCCGAUCGGGAAUUCCUUCAAGAUCCUAACUAAUGAAUUCCCGAUCAAUAAACCGACAACCAGCUUCCCCACUCCCAGAAACACCACAGACAACCCGCUGCGGCCACCGAACCUGUACUGCCCAGCCAACCCUCCUGCACCAUGACAACACGGCAUUGCCCCGAACCAACACCCUACCAUGUUCAUCAACCCUACACUGAUCGAUACUUUAGCUGCCGAUCCAGCCCUUUCUGGGAACAAAUCUGCUGAUAGCUUACAAACUGCUAUAACUGAAUUUAAAACUGAUAAUGGAAUUUGAGGAAUUGCUCCCCGGAGGAACCCGGUUUUCCAAUCUUCCCAUGUGAUUGUUAGGACCUGGAAUUUUGACGGACCGAGCUUGAUUUCGUGUAUGACUGACGGAUCACGGAUGAAACAGAGGAUUAACCCGACUAAGAACACAAUUAGGGCUGACGGAAUUUUCGACAGCGUUCUCAAUCGGCGGUUUACUCUGCGCCGCUCUUCUUCAGCAGUUCCCUGACACAAAAUUUCAGAUUCUUCUUCGACUGCUUCUCCGGAUCCGGUGACUAAUAUGAUGAACGAGAGGCAGAUUAGUGCAAGGAUAAGCCCGUCGAAGCCUAACCAAGGUCUAGGAGUGGAGCUGCUGGCGGAGGUAGAGGUGAAGUUUUGGUUGUAGCGAACGUAUUUGAUGGCGGAGAAGGCGAAGGAAAGGCCUUGGGAGAGCUGGACGCCGCGGACGACGGGCAGGGGGAUGAUUCUGUAGAAGACAGACAUGAGACCGGUGGCGCCGAGAAUGAGGAGAAAGGCGGCGGUGGACAACCCGGCGGCGGCGAUUUGGGGGAGAGUGAGGUGAGGGGUUUCGGAAACGGCGACGGCGGCGAUGGAUUUCAUAGGCUGGACGGGCAUGGGGAUGCCGAAGAUGAGACCGGUGGCGAUAUUGUAGAGGGCGGUGAAGAUUAGGGUUGUGCUAAGGUCGAGAUUAUUGACUAGAGUGAGGGCUAGGACUAUGGGGAUGUAGGUGCCGAGGUCGCCAACGGAUCCGCCGAGCUCGGCGGGUAUAGAGGUUUUCAGACGGAGCGAAUCGGACAACGAGAGGGCGUGGAGGUGCCUCCGCCACCACUGGCGGCGGAGGAGUGGAGUUGCGCGGUCGUCAGGUGCUUCUUCCGCCAUCUUGGGAGUGUUGACUGUCGUCUGUCGGCGGAUAAGGCCCAACUAACGUUUCAUCUUGAGCAUCAAAUUCUUACUGUUCUGAAAACGAAUAAAGAAUUAUUCAUACAGCGAAGAGUACUAUCAGUCCAAAUCCAAAGGAGAAAAAUGUCGAUUGAGUACAUUAAGUUGCAGCUCGUGGAAUAAAGAGUACCACUUCUUACAAGUGAGACCAGGAAGUACACAAAAUAGAUUUUUGUUGUGAGAGCUACGGACAUGGCUCAUGGAAAUUGUGCAUGUGGAAUCCCUUUGAAAAUGCUGACAUCAUGGACUGAUGACAAUCCUGGAAGACGGUUCAUUACCUGCUCAACAUUAAAGGGAAAGGGAGGAUGUAGAAUGUUUGAAUGGAUUGAUCCAGAAAUGUGUCCACGGUCGAAGAUGAUUAUACCAGGUCUGCUGAGGAAAAUAAACAAGCUACAAGUUGAACUUGAGGAAAAAAAUGCAAUGCCCAAGAAGAAGAAGAAAUGGACUGUCUUAUGGUGUGUUGUGGGAGGAAUGAUGCUACUAGGUUCAUGGAUUGUUUGUUUUGACAUUGGAAGCAAAAAUAAGUUAGGUUGGGACUAUUGCGAGGCUCCAAUGAUCUAAAUGUGUAGUUCAAUGUAGGAUAUAUCCUUCUGUGUGUGGUUUUAUGUUGUAAUGCCAUUAGACUAUUAGUAUGUGAAGUUGAAUGAGUGUUGUUGUAUUGGUAUCUAGCUUACUGAUUCUUGUUGAGUAUGG